UAUAUUUUAUGUGCAUGGAUAUUCUUGUCAUUUUAAAAGCGUUUAUAAUGACAGUGUGCGGAUGUUACACUCGGUAUAAAAAUAAUAUAAUGUUAGUAUUAUGGAAAUAAAUAACGUAUUUUGCCCAGAUUAUUGCCGCAGCAUAGAUAUUUUUGUGUUAUUGCAGAUACCUACCGAAGACAUCCUUACAGCUAGAACACAUUAUCCUAUAACAGGACUUGAUUGCACAGCUGAUAUCUCGUGUGUGACAUACCAGGAAUGAAGAGAAAAUUAUGCGUUUGGUGUCUGGUUGUCGCAGUGAUUGUAUCUAUUUACAUGUUGGCACAGCAGGUUAAUAUAACCAUGAGCACUGCGAUAUAUUUUUCCAGUCAGCUUGAAGAGGUUCGGCACAUAGGUUUCCUAAAGGUACACAAAGCUGCUAGUUCCACAAUGCAAAACAUUUUUUUUCGGUUCGGCUUAAAGCGUAACUUAACGUUUGUGUUUACAAAUCAUCCGAAUUAUUUCUCGAGAACGGUGUCACAGCACCUUCCUCUGAAAAUGCCAAGGUUCAGAGGCGACCAUGACAUCCUGUGUACACAUGGCAUUUUUAACAUACAGACCUAUGGAAGCGUACUUCCGAAGGAUGCGACGUACAUUGCAAUUGUGCGAGAACCGCUCGAACAAUUUGUGUCUUCUAUCAACUAUUAUUCUCAGCCAUCCUCGCAGCUCCCAUACAUAUCGGCAAUCCCUGGAAAUAAACUAACUGCACUCAUACGUAAUCCAAAAUUCGACAAAGGAUUUUUUUCAUACACUAAAAACAGUAUGGCAAGAGACUUUGGAAUAUCUAUUUCAACCAAUCAGGAAACAAUUGCUGCAAAGUUGACAGAGCUUAAUAGCAUUUUCAAAUUGGUUUUGUUGGUUGAAUAUUUUGAAGAAUCUUUGAUACUUUUGAAACGGUAUUUUAAAUGGAAGCAUGUGGAUAUAUUGUUUAUAUCAAACAAUGUUCACAGCAAGGAAGGCUGGUCAAAAAAAGACCUUACUCCAGAUGAUAUUGCGAAAUUUAAGCAUCGAAAUUGGCUUGACUAUUAUGUGUAUGACCAUUUUUAUGAAGAAUUUUGGCGCAAGUUCCGGUUUGAGUUACUCGAUAUUCAUAUGGAGGUGCUCUAUUUCAAGCGCGUCCUGGAACGUCUUGCGUCCUUCUGUCGUGCGGGGAACGAAAGCGUUGAGAGAAGUCUAGAGGUCGAAACAAGUACCUGGGACGCGGGCUUUAGGGUGAACCGUGAAGAAUGCGACCUGAUGUUAAAAAAUGAGCUUGAUUUUAUAUCAGUAUUGCGACAAAAACAGGGAAGUGAGCUCUAAGAAGUUGAAAAUUGCCAUGUAAUUAAUUGUAAGAUAAUAGGUCCAUACGUAUAUUAUAUAAGAGGGACUGAAUAAUAAACAGUUCAUCUUUGUAUUAUUUUUCAAAAUUAUAUUUUACAGGUUUUCAUUAAUAUUUUACAUUGUCAUGGUGUCGCAAAAUAUUAUGACAAUCUGUAAAAAGAGACGUUCAACAUUGUUGUGUUUGAACAAUAAUGGAAGGAAUGUCAGUGGGAACCAGUAGAGUGAUUGUUACAAAAUACUCCGUUCUUUUACAUUACAAGCUGAUACUUACGCGCAAGAAUUAGAUUCAGUGUGUGUUUUCAUGCCUGCGCAUGGGUGUGCUAAUGUAAUAGUAUAUGUGUGUGCGUGAGCAUAAUUGUUUAGUAUGGAUAUUUAUCCUAACAAAAUAAAUAGAACUGACUUUUUAAGAUAAGAAUUUAGAACUGUGUGCUAAUACAGAUUAUAUGUGAAAAAAUAAAUGAGAUAAAAAAAACAUUUGACUACAGAAUGUAAUUCCACUGUCGUUGACGUAUGCACUUGAAUUUGAACAAUGUAAUAAAUAUUUUAUUUUUGUCUUGGUCACGACAAAAAAAUUAACACCUAUUCGUUAAACAUCAAAAAACAGUCAAAAAUGUCACGAAAUUUGAUUUUACAUCUUCUAGGUCACACACUACCAAAUAUAGCAUUGGUUUAAUACGCUAAGUUGACAAUCAAAGUUUUGAAAAAAAUAUAAAAUAUGUUGUUCAUAGGUUAAGAAUAAACGGUAUGUACAACCACGAACAUGGAAGAUGAAAUAUAUAAACAUAUUACAAUAGUAAAGAAAUGUCACAAAAUUGGAUUGAUUUUGUUUCCAGGUAGACAGCAAUUGUCAUCCCGUGUGUACAAAGUUAAAUUGGCAAAUCAUAGUUAAAGUGUAAAGCCAUCAUAAGAACUGAUGAAUAAACAAUAUAAUAAUAUAAUAUAGUAAGAAAUGUUUCAAAGCAAUACAUACUUAAAUAUACAGGAUAUUUUACUGGCCAAGGUAAAGUACAUACGUGAAUGUUUAUUAAUUGGAAUGUGCAAAAAUUAUUUGUUAACUUCCAAAUAUUUAGCUUAAAAUUGUGAAGAAAAUUAAUCAGGUCUUUUUUAACAUCAAGAAUCAAAACAUGUUACAAAAUUACUUAUUGUUCGUGUCAAGAUAAAAACAUGACUUAUUUUUUAUAUCAAAUAAUAUUAUAAAUCUUGUGAGGAAAUGUGAAACAGAUAUUUGUUACAAAUCAGAUCAUUCAAUAAUUGCUUUAGAAUUAUGUUUUUCUUUAACCAAACAUGGUAAAGGACUAUGGAAAUUUAUUAACUCACUUUUAUUAGACAUUGAAUAUUUAGAAUGUAUAAAAAAAGAUUGAUGAUGUUAUUUUACAAUAUUGUAAUCCUGUAUACGAUAGUGAGUUUGUGGUAGAAAUGGAUAGAUCAGAAAUACAGUUUGUAAUUAAUGAUGAAUUAUUUUAAGAAACUUUGCUCAUGGAAAUUAGAGGUAAAACUAUAUAUUUUGCCAGUUACAAGUCUAAAAAAAGAAAUAAACAAGACGAAAUAUUGCUAAAUGAUAUUUUAAAAUUGCAAAGUAAUAUAACAGAAGAUACAGUUAAUAAUUUUAGAGACUGAGUUAAAUGAAUUAAGAAGCAGUAAGCUUAAAGCCUUUGUUAUUAUAUCUAGAGCAGACUGGAAAGAAAAUGGUGAGAAGGCUACCUCAUAUUUUUGCAACUUAGAAAAGAAAACUAUUGCUGAUAAACAUUUACCAUUUAUUGAAAGAGACGAUGGCACUUUUAUAUAUGAACAAGAUGAAAUUUUGAAAAUUCUUACAAAUUCUAUCAACAUCUUUACA